GAUAUACCUAAGUCUGAUUUGAUGUUGGAUUGACUACAUUGGAUUAAAUCACCGCAGCAUAAUCCAUAGUAAGAUGUAGAACCAAACACCGUCAUGAAAACUCAAACAUUAAAAGAUGAACAUCAAAGUGAUUGAAAACUUGAAAGGGGUUGUGAAGAAGAAAAUGUUACGUCAAGUUUACAUCCGAAACUUAAGUAUUUCAAGUUGUGUGUAAAGUAGGUGUUGUAAUAAUGAUUCUUGAAGAGGAACCAAAGAGGUUCACUGGGAGCGAGGACGGAGGGAUCUGUUCUGAGUUUAAAAUAAAACGGAUGAGAUAAAAGGCCGCCCCAUAUGGAUCGAGAAAACGCAACCGAGCAGGCAGUCAGCGCGGCUGUUAAUUCCACGGUGAAUGGCACGGCAACCGACGAUGAGGUGUCGUUGGGCGUGUUCUUCAAGCUACGCAUGUCGGUGCUGCUGCUCAUCGUCAUCAUGGCGGUGCUCGGCAACAUGCUCGUCAUUGUCAGUGUUAUGAGACACAGAAAACUCCGCGUCAUAACAAACUACUUCGUCGUGUCUCUUGCGUUUGCUGACAUCCUGGUCGCUAUGGUGGUGAUGCCGUUCAACUUCAGCGUCCAGUUCUACAGCAGGUGGGUCUUCGGACCGACCAUCUGCGAUCUGUGGAACUCCUCGGACGUUUAUUUCACGUCUACUUCUAUAUUGCACUUGUGCUGUAUAUCGGUGGACAGGUACUACGCUAUCGUCAAACCAUUGAAGUAUCCCACUAAGAUGACAAAAAAGAUGGCGUUUAUAAUGUUAGCAGCAACGUGGCUUAGCCCAAUUACGAUAUCCUACGUCCCAAUAUUCAUGGGUUGGUACACGACCAGUGACUACCUCCGAGUGCAGCACAGCAAUCAGUGCGAAUUCAAAGUGAACAAACCUUAUGCUGUGAUAUCAAGCUCCAUUUCAUUCUGGAUCCCAUGUACGAUAAUGAUCUUUACAUACUUAGCUAUAUUCAAAGAAGCGAAUAGACAGGAGAAAGCCCUCCACGCUAGAGCUGGGAACGCGAUGCUAAUGCAUCGACAUUCUAGAGAAGUUGGCGACAAAAAUGGCGCUCUACACAUCAACGCCACAACUCCAACCAAAGAUAGAAAUAUAUUAAAAAUGAAGAGGGAGCACAAAGCUGCCAGAACCCUCGGCAUCAUCAUGGGAGCCUUCAUACUUUGCUGGCUGCCAUUUUUUCUCUUUUACGUGUCGACGUCAUUGUGUGACACUUGUAAGUGUCCGGAUGUAGUGACUGUCAUCAUGUUCUGGACUGGUUAUUUCAAUUCAGCAUUGAAUCCGAUUAUCUACGCGUAUUUUAAUAGAGAUUUUCGUAAUGCCUUCAAGAACACGUUGGCGUGUGCUUUCUGCAGUUUUUGCAGACGCAGUGCUUCAGAUUUGGAUGCGAUGGAAAGACUUGAUAGAAGAGGCUCUGCGCAAUUGCGAGUCCCAGUGCCCUCUCGGAGAACUUCGGACCUCGCGUCCCUUUGAAUAUCGCCAAACCGUAUGGUGACAGCCGUGUGAGAGGCCUAGUCUCAACGAAGUAGAUCGGUGUAUGUACUUACGAGUAUUCCAAGUUUGUGACUGAUAACUCUUGUAGUGUAAAUAUGAAGUUAUACGUAAUAUUUUAGGAUAUUGUAUACCGUUUUAGAUAUUGAAAUUCGUUACACUUAAAUGAAGUUUAGGGAUUUUAAUCGUAUUGCAAAAAAUACGUUUUAAAACACGGUAGAUACAAAUAGUGUGUUGAUUGUAAGUCAUGGGGAUUUUUAAAAAUGUAAUCAAUAAGUCAGAAUGUGGAUCUUUAGCUAUAAUUAACUAUAUACAUAUAUUUAGCAUUACAAAACCUUUAGACUAUUGUUAUUAUGUAAAGAAAAAAUAGUCAAGGGAUUAUUAGAAAUAUUUUUUGCAGCGAUAGAAAUCAUAAAAUUCAUUUAUUUAGUGUUGAUUAGUUCAUAAUAAUUUGUUAGCACAACGGUUUGUUUUCCUCUAUUCUGGUCAAAUUACGUAAUUUUAUAAGUUAAUAAUUUAUGGUAUGUUUUAUUUGAUCCAUAGUUUGAUCAAAGACACGAUUUUGUCCUAUUGUAAUGAAAUGCGUUAAACAUUUAUUUCAAGUUUGUACCAACCUAAAAAUAUAUAUGUUAAUUAUGUAUAUAACUAGAUCCUAUAAGUAUACAUAACAAGAUCGUCUUAUUUCUAAAAUAUAAUGUAAAAUGUAAUUCCUAUUUCUUCGAAAACUUUGACUCCUUUUAUAAAUUUUCAUAGAAUCAUUCCAUAGUGAUGUGUAUAGAGUCAAACAUUUAAUCAAAUUAAUAGACGUAAUUUCGUAAAAAUAGUAUUAUUUGUGUAUUGGCCUAAUUGUAUUAAACAGAUUGAGGCCAAAGUUAUUGUAAAUAAUUGAGUAAUUUGAUAAUUAUUGUAAGUAUAUUUAUUUAUAUUAAGAUUGAGUUGAAUUAUAUAUUGUUUUAUAUUCUAGCAUAAUAAUGUAAGUGCAAUAUUAAAGUAUUGUAAUUUGUAUUAGCAUUAAACAAUAAGUUAUUAGAGAUUGGGGUUUAUUUUGAUUUAAAUAUAAAAUAUUAUUUAUUUAAAUUACAGUUUAAAUAAAUUGUAAAUAAUUAUUUAUUCUAAUGUAAUGUAAAUAGGGAAUAAAUUAUUUUAAUUUAUUUAACGUUUUAUUGCAUGAUUUUGUAAAUAAAUAAAUUAAAUAUAGCGAUAGGUAAGUAGUCUAGAAUAGCGAUAACUUAUUUAUAUGACGUAUUUUUAAAUUUGUUUAGGAAGAUACGAUAAUAUGGGGACAAAUAACGCUUCAAUAGAGAAAAAAAACGAUUUUUAAAAUAAUUGAUGUGCUACUAUUAACUUUAUAACAAAAACCCAUUAGAUUGGUGUCAGUGUCGUGUUACGUGAAGUAAAUGUUAGUAUGUUAAUGGAAUCUAACAUCACUAACCUUGUGAUUGUCUUUCUGCUUCCCUUCGCACUUUACGAGAAUUGAAUUUUGUUUGAAUUAUGUUAGAUUUUCUGCCGUCACGUUUAUAGAAAACGAAUUUGGUAAUCUUUUCUUUUAUCUGUAUUUACCAAAAGAACAUUUUAGGCAAGUUGUAAUAAUUAACAGUGACUCCCACACUAGGCUAAGUCUGUCCUAUGCGAGUCAUGAGUAAACAUUAACAUGGUAUUUUAUUUAAUUAUUAACGGUUUACGGUAAAUAUUUUUAUGUUUAUGAUAUAAAUAAAUCGCGAGACAUGCUUGAAAGUAGAUUAGCAGGAAAUUAAAUUCUAAUCUAAUAGAGCCUUUAUUUAUAAAAUAAAUAUUUUUUUUAAAUCUCUCGCUAUUCCUAAAUAUUAAUUGCGCAUCGACACCACGCUUAUGAAGAGUUAUAUUGUGAAUCAAUACAUCUGCUGAAUUCAAUUCAGAAAACAAAUUGCCACCAAAUUUUGAUGAUUUCAAACAUGUUUCCUAAAAUUGGGAAAGCGUACGCCAGUUAUGUUCAGAAAAGUUAGUCAAAAUAACGAAUGCAGCUUGAAUGAUAUUCCGAAAUUGGGCAGCGAUGUGUGACGGCUUAUUCCUUAAUGGCUGGUCUGGAUGGCUGACCCGAAUACCUGCAAUCAGAACUAAUGGGCAUUUCACUUGCGAGAAUCCAAAGACAACGUUAAUUUCUUAGUAUUCGAAGUGGGUUAUCUGUGCAGUUGUCUAACGUAAGCUUUGGCGUGUGUACGGACUCCGAUGUUAGCAUGAUACAUUAAAAAUAGGUUAUUAAGAACUGUAGUGUAGAGCUCUGUUCACUACCACAUGUGGUUAAGGACUUUCAUUUAGAGCUCUGGGUCAUUCUGGGUCGUCUGGCACGCAUCGCAUGUAUUGCGUUUAUGACAAAUAAAAUUUAUAUACAUAAUACCAAUUCCUAGCUAAUUUAACGAAGAUAACAUGGCCGUGUUGACUUUACACUAACUUAGGGAACAGGCUGUUCGUAAGCUCGGUAUUCGAUGUGAUCGAUUUCAUCUAUUGGCAUCAUAAUUGUAGAGAUAUUUUAAAGGAAAUCCCGCAUCUUUAAUUACAUGUAGAAAAUAAAUUUCUGAUAUUUUUUUCCGAUGUUUAGGGUAACAUACGCCACAGCAAUGAUGUGCGGGACAGAUACCGCAAACAUAAUCAGAAAGUUUGUUUAUUUGCAGCUUGGUUGGGCAAACAGCUGGCCCAAUUAACAUGAUGUUUAGGAUAUUAUCCUUUACUGUCAUGUGUUAAGGUUGUUUAUGCGUUAUAUUGAAAGGGUUUCUGAUCGCUGUAACUGGCAAAAA